AUGAAUACUGAAAUCGCAUCUUUUUUUGAUAAUCUAGAUCUUGUAACAAAGUCGCCACCCCUUUGGCAGACUCUAAAUUAAGAUAUUUAUGAUGUAAAUCUUGUAUGAAUUUCUAGAAUGAUAACAUAGUUUUCGAGCAGGAUUGCUACAAGAUAGACAAAAAAUCAAAAUAAUUGAGACCAAUAAAAAUCUAACUUGGAAAUGAACAUUUAUAUUACAUUAAAAAAGAAACAAUGUUUUAACUAUAAAUUACUGUUGUUAUGAUGAAUAUAAUUAAACAUGAUUAACAUGGUAAUAUUAUUAGAUUAAUACGAAAUGGAAAGUAUAUUGACUUAAAACUUGAAGAUUAUAAUACAUUUAAGAAUCUUCUAAAUUAUAGAUGUUUACAAUCUACAUUCCAUGAUGAAUUUGGAGUUACAAAAAUGAUAGGCAAAGGAAGUUUUGCUAAAGUUUAUUUUGCGACAAAAAAAUCUACUGGUAUGAAUUAUGCAGUCAAAGCAUUUAAUAAAGAAUUUAUGUAAGAACAAUUUAAAGGAAGAGAAUCAUUGGAAAAUGAAAUUAAAGUAAUGAGAAGAUUGAAUUAAGAAAAUCUAGUAAAAUUGCAUGAAGUAUAUGAAACAUAAAAUUCAAUUUAUUUUAUUUUGGAUAUUUUAAAAGGAGGUGAGUUAUUAACUAGAGUUAAAUCCUAACCAUUAUCUGCUCCUAAUCUAUAAAAAUUAAUGUAUAAUUUAAUGAAAGCACUCUGUCAUCUACAUUCUAAAAAAUGUAUUCAUCGAGAUUUGAAACCAGAAAAUCUAUUAUUAAAAGAAAAAGAUAAUGACACUGAUGUAGUAAUUGCAGAUUUUGGAUUAGCAUGUUUUUUAAAUGAAGAUAUUUUAUUUAAGAGAUGUGGAACACCUGGAUUUGUUGCUCCUGAAAUAUUAAUAUAUAAAGAAGGAGAUCCCUUUUAUGAUGAAAAAUGUGAUGUAUUUAGUGCAGGUGUGAUCUUUUAUAUACUCUUGACUGGUAGAUAACCAUUCUAAGGAACAGAUUAUAAAGCAAUUCUUAGAGCAAAUAAGAAUUGUGAGAUUAAUUACAACCUAAAAUAAAUAUAAACAGUAAUUUAAAUAUUAAUAAUUAUAGGCACCUCUAUAAUUAGUAGAUUUAUUAAAGAAGAUGUUAUAUCCAGAUCCUAAAGGAAGAAUAUCAUCUGAAGAUUGUCUAAAACAUCCAUAUUUCAAGGAAAUAUUUAAGGAAUAAGAUUUAAUUGAUGUUUAAGAUAGUCUUAGAGAAUAUGAAAAAGAAUUUGUUUAUGGAUUAGGAAAGUAAUAAGGGUAAUUAAUAAUAUUCAUUUUAAUUAUAGACCUCCAAGUUAAGUUGGAUCAAUGUAAUUAUAAUAGAGAUAACCUGCAUUAAAUGGAAGAAUAGAUACUAUGGGAUCAUUUUCGAAUGUAUCAACUAAUGGAUCAGUAACUAGAUUAGAUUAAAAGCCUUAAGUUUAAUAAAGCAAAUUUAGCUAGUUCAGUUAAUCUAUGAAAUAAUAACUAAAUUCUGAUUCAAGUAUCUAAUUAAUUAUAUUUUAUUAUAGAUACAUAAGUAAAUAAGAAAAGUAAUUAAUCAGAUUUAAGAAAGACAGCUUUGAAAAAUUCGUUUUAAUAAUAAAUUAAUCAAAUGAGUAAGGAUGAUGAUUGUGUGAAUGAGGAAGCAUCUUAAUUAGAAGAUGCUAUAUCGAAACUCAAUUCUUAAACACCAAAAAUGGGAUUGAAAAAAGCAAAUUCCUUUAAAGUAUAAAAAUCAACUAUGGAAUGAG